CCCAUUUUACUCGUCAUCCUUUCUCUAUAAAUCCUCCUCCCAACUUCUCAAUUUAAAAAAAUCUCUCCCUGUUCUGUUUUUUUUUACUCCCAAAGACAGAAACAGAGUUUGGUAACCGACUCUACUUAGCUUCUUCUUCUUCCUCCCAUUCUUCCAAUUUUUCUCUCUACAUUUCUCAGCUAAAUCAAAUGGCUCGAGGGAACCGCUUUAUUGCCUUAAUUUCCUUUUUGUUGAUCCUUAAUGUUUCAGGGGUAUUGUCGGUUACGUUUACUAUGAUAAACAAGUGCAGUCAAACAGUAUGGCCAGGAAUACUAUCAAGUGCAGGAAUAUCUCCACUUGACACAACAGGGUUCGCAUUACAGAAAGAUGAAUCAAGAAUUGUUACCGUUCCAACGUCGUGGUCAGGUCGGUUAUGGGGUAGAACUCAUUGCAGUCAAGACUCAACAGGGAAAUUUUCUUGCAUAUCAGGUGAUUGCGGUUCAGGAAAAGUAGAAUGCUCUGGAGGCGGUGCAACACCACCGGCUACACUAGCUGAAUUCACAUUAAACGGUGCAAACGGACUUGAUUUCUACGACGUUAGUUUGGUAGACGGUUAUAAUCUGCCCAUGUUGGUGGUUCCAGAAGGUGGAACAGGUGGGAAUUGUAGUACAACUGGUUGUGUAGUCAAUUUGAAUGAUCUUUGUCCUACUGACUUGAAAGUAACGAGCGAAGAAGGUAGCCAUGUUGCUUGCAAAAGCGCUUGUGAAGCCUUCGGUGAUCCUCAGUAUUGUUGUAGUGGCGCAUAUGGAAAUCCUAACACCUGCAAACCAUCUGCUUACUCUGAAUUCUUCAAGAAUGCUUGUCCUCGUGCUUAUAGUUACGCUUACGAUGAUGGAACCAGCACUUUCACCUGUGCUUCUGCGACUUAUGUUAUCACUUUCUGCCCUCCAUUAUCCACCAGUAAAAAAGCCACGAAAUAUCCAGAGGCAGCAGAGUUGCCGUUGUACAACUCAACAAUGACAUACUUAGGCGGUGGCGAAAGUUUAGAGGACGGCGGUGUAUCAUCAUCCUCAGCCAUGCGCGUCUCAUUCCUGCAAUUCCUUGGCGGUGCCGUCUCUCUUUUCAUUUUAUUAUCAUCAUCUGCAAUUUGGAGGUCAAUUUAAUUGGCCUUUCGGAUCAAGAACCUUCACCCUUCCCAGAAAAACUAAACAAAAGAACCAGAAACAUGUUGUAUCAUGUGCGGUGUGCCUCUACAUGGCUGCUUUUUGGAUCGUUAUGUGGGCUUGGGCCUAACUGAAACAAACAAACAGAAACUGGUCUUUCCGUGAGUUUGGCACUGGAGUGACGGCACUCUCAGAACUGGACAGGACCAAGGCUUAUCACUAUUUUUGGCAAAGUGAUAGCAAAUUUGAUCAUAUACAUACUUUUGAAAUUUUAUGUGGUGAAGGUGGAAUUUGACGAUGAUGAUGAUGAUUGAUGGAUGUAAUAACAUUAUACGCAAUAGAUUCUAAUAUAUACAGCGAAUUCGCAUUACAAGUCGCAGUCAUAUUCAGAGUGAUCUGAAAGAGUUAAAAGCCAGUGAUUUUUUUAGUUUAGCUGAAGUGAUAUUUUUUAUAUAUUUUUGUGUGUGGAGCUAAAAUCAAGUGGGGAUUUAUUUAUUUUGUUAUUUUGGUGUAGUUUCGAAGUUGUGAGAGUUUUCCUCCAUGGAUUGUGUAUUUGUUGUCCAUCACUGAUAGGUAUAUGUGAGGUGAGGUGAGGUGAUGUAAUGAACCAUUAACGCCUGUAAAAGCAGCCAAAAAUCGCAAUAUCUAUAUGUAAAUUGUACUCGUUUAUUUCUCUA